UCUGACGUUAACAUAAACAAGUUAACCUUACAUUUGCUCAUAUUUUGUGCACUGUCUACUCACACCCAUUUUUUUUUACUGUUGGUUAACUUAUAUUUGUAUUAAUGUAAAUUCAUUUUUAAAAAUAUACUGUUAUGCUUUUCUUAUUGUUUACGUAUUAUUCUUAAGUGAAAAGUGCAAAAUGGCAACGUACAAUUCUCAAAAUUUUGACCAGCCUGAAGAAAAUUGUCUUGUAGAAGAUGAUACUCAAGUACCAGAGGCAAGAUUUGAAUGUCCAAUAUGCUUGACAUGGCUCAGAGAUCCUGUACUUACUUCAUGCGGUCAUAGAUUUUGCAGAAAAUGCAUUUAUUCUUGGCUAGAGAAAGAUACUGAUUGUCCUGUUGAUAAAACAAAAUUGAAUAAAGACACUGACAUAUUCCCAGAUAAUUUUACAAGAAGGGAAAUUUCCCAACAGAAGACAAAGUGCCCUAACGUUGUAAGAGGAUGUUUAAAGGAAUUAUCUCCUUUGGACAUUGAAUAUCACCUUCAGAUUUGUAAAUACAGAAUUCCAGAGCUCCCUGAUAAUGAAAAGUUGCGAUGCAACUUUGUUGCUGUUGGUUGUAUAGAAAAAUUUGAAAAUGAAGUAGAAGUAAAGGAACACUUAGAAAAAAACAUCCACAAUCAUCUAAAUCUUCUUUCACAAGCAUACAGUAAAUUUAUAAUUGAUCAAUCGACGUCCAGUAAUGCUUUGGCACAGCAAGCUAAUUUUUGGGAUCCCCCUGCAAAAAUUGGAAGCAACGGUUUGGUUGAUGAACAUGUGAAUAGUUCAAAUGAAUCUCUUAUAAAGUCGCUUUAUGAGAAGAUAAUAAUUUUAGAACAAAAAACCAGAGAACAGGAUAUUAUUAUAGCAAACAUGUCGGAACAGAUUUCGUCUUGUAAUUUACUAAUUUCAACAGUACCGACAAAAUUUUGCUUUGGAAGCUUUUUAUGGCCUGUAGCAGAUUUUAAAACUAAAAUUACGCGAAUGAGCAAUAAUAGUCACAUGAUGUGCUACAGUCCAGGAUUUCAAACAUCUCCAUUUGGCUAUAAGUUGUGCAUACGACUCAACUUGUCUCCCAAAAAUCCUAAUUAUCUAGCAAUUUUCAUUCACAUGAUGAAAACAGACCACGACAACAGCUUAGAUUGGCCCUUUAAUGGAAAAAUAAGUAUCACCGUUGUUCAUCCCGUUAAUUUGGAACAAAAUAUAAAGGAAACGAUGAUGACUAGACCGGAGUUGGAAGCAUUUAAAAAGCCCAAACAGGAGUUGAAUCCUCGAGGAUUCGGUUAUACAGAAUUUGCCUUAAUUCAAGAUCUGUGUUCAGAAGGGUUCGUUGACAAAGACCAAUUAUUAAUUAAGGUCCAUGUUCAGCCUGUGUGAAUAAUAAAUCAUCAGCACAAUAUAUUUUAUGCAACUAAUGGGCUGAUAAUAGAUCUACCGUAUACGCUUUUAGAUUUAUUUUUUUUUAAACACAGAAAUUAUUGUUUAUGAAACUUGUAUAUUUUACAAU